AGAGCCGACGUGAGCCGACAGGAUGGUGGCCGCCAAGAAGACGAAGAAGUCCCUCGAGUCCAUAAACUCCAGUUUCAUAACUCUGGCUAUGAAAAGUGGUAAAUAUGUACUGGGAUACAAGCAGACUCUGAAAAUGAUCCGACAGGGCAAAGCCAAGUUGGUCAUCCUAGCCAAGGCUCUAAGGAAAUCAGAAACUGAGUACUAUGCUAUGUUGGCCAAAACUGGUGUGCACCACUACAGCCGUAACAAUAUUGAAUUGGGUACAGCUUGUGGAAAGUACUACAGAGUGUGUACACUUGCCAUCAUUGACCCAGGUGAUUCUGACAUCAUUAGAAGCAUGCCAGAACAAACCAGUGAGAAGUAGAUAUUGCUGAA